GGCGGGGCGGGGGCAGUCGGUUCCUAUUGUGCGGGGUAUCAACUGUGUCGCUGCUGUUUGUUGUCUCUGUCUCAAUGGCGUUCGUGAAGAAGCAUCAGCGCCGCAAGGAGAGGUUUACCCUGUUGCUGCUUGACCUUGAAGAGUAUUAUUUUGAUCAUCACACAUUUUAUCAUGUAUUUACCAACAACAAAGGAGAAGAAAGAACAAUUAAAGGCUCCCUGAAGAUUUGUUCCAAAUCAUUGAUCUUUGAACCAGAUCAAAUAUCAGAACCCAUUUUAAAGUUCCCUUUUAGAGACUGCAGCAGAAUUGAAGAGAUUGAAGAUAAGAACUCUGGUAAUCCUUUUGAAGAAAAUCGAAUUUGUGGAUUCUGCAUUACAUGCCGUCAGAUCUGUUUAAUCAAAGAACAAAGUGUGGUGGCUCCAUAUAAAAUUGAAAGGGGCCCAAAGGAUUACUCUUUCAGAAUAGAUGAUGCUUCGAAAGCAGAAGAUGUGGUGCAAAGCUUACAUCAGCUUCACAGAGCUUCUCGGUUGGACAAAGUGGCAGAUCAGAUUGCAAUGAUCACAGCCAUUCUGCAGUCAAGAUUGGCUCGGACUUCGUUUGAUAAAAAUAGUUUCCAGAGUGUUACAGAAAGACCCCACAUGGAGUGUGAGGCUGAAAUGGUCACCCCCUUGGUGUCUAAUCCUGGGCAUGUCUGCAUCACUGAUCAAAACCUGUAUUUCCAGCCUUUGAAUAGCUAUCCAGAGACAGUGGUGCAGAUAAUGUUGCGUGAUGUGAGACGCAUUUACAAAAGGCGACAUGGGUUAAAACCUUUGGGUCUUGAGAUAUUUUGCACAGAAAAUGAUCUCUGUUCUGAUAUCUACCUGAAAUUUUACAACUCUAAAGAUCGUGAUGAACUUUACUACUAUAUUGCAACAUUUUUAGAAAAUCAUAUUACUGAACAAACAGCUGAAAACUACAUGCUACAGUGGCAAAGAGGACAUCUCUCAAAUUACCAGUAUCUCUUGCACCUCAAUAAUCUGGCUGACCGCAGCUGUAAUGAUUUAUCUCAAUAUCCUGUUUUCCCUUGGAUCAUAGCUGAUUAUACUUCUUCGGAAUUAGAUCUUACAAAUCCUGGAACUUUUCGUGACCUGGGGAAACCAGUAGGUGCCUUAAAUAAAGAACGACUUCUUCGAUUGUUGAGUCGCUAUCGAGAAAUGCCUGAGCCAAAGUUUAUGUAUGGAAGUCACUAUUCUUCCCCGGGUUAUGUCCUGUUCUACCUUGUGAGAGCUGCCCCUGAAUACAUGCUGUGUUUACAAAAUGGAAAAUUUGACAAUGCUGAUAGAAUGUUCAACAGUUUUGCAGAGACGUGGAAAAAUUGUUUAGAAGGAGCCACAGACUUCAAAGAGUUGAUACCAGAGUUUUAUGGCACAAGUUCCAGCUUCAUUGUGAACAGUUUGAAGUUAGAUCUUGGAACGAGGCAAGGAGGGCAGACAGUAGAUUCUGUGGAACUUCCACCGUGGGCGUCAGAUCCUGAUGACUUUUUGCAGAAGAACAGGGAAGCAUUAGAGAGCCAGUAUGUUUCUGAACAUCUACACGAGUGGAUUGACCUAAUAUUUGGCUACAAGCAAAGGGGAAGUGAAGCCAUUGCGGCCUACAAUGUGUUUCAUCCUUUGACCUAUGAAGGAGGAGUUGACUGGGACAGCAUUGAAGAUCCAAAUCAGAAGAUAGCAAUGCUAACUCAGAUCCUAGAGUUUGGACAGACUCCAAAACAGUUAUUCAGCAGUCCACAUCCUCAAAGAAUAACGCCAAAAUUUCAGAAUCUUUCCAGGGGAUACAGCCGUGGUACUUCUCUGACAGAGUUGUCUCCAGGUUCUCCCUGUGAAGAUUCAUUUGAAGAUCUAACAGAGGAAAGUCAAAAGCUUGCAUGGAGUAAUAUGAGUGAACUGUACAUCGUGUACCAGCAAAAGAUUCACAAAGAGGCAGUAACUGGAAUCGCUGUUGCUGGCAAUGGAACCUCAGUCUUCACAACUUCACAAGAUUCAACACUAAAGAUGUUUUCCAAAGAAACCAAAUUGUUACAGCGAAGUAUGUCCUUUUCAAAUAUGGCCCUGUCAAGUUGUUUAUUGCUGGGAGAUACAACUGUGGUAUGUUCUUCUUGGGAUAAUAAUGUAUAUUUUUAUUCAGUAGCUUAUGGACGACGACAAGAUACUUUGAUGGGUCAUGAUGAUGCUGUUAGCAAAGUCUGCUGGUUCAGUGAUAACUUAUACACUUCUUCUUGGGAUUCCACAGUCAAGGUUUGGAAGUGUGCCUCUGCUGAUCUCUCUACCUCAAGGAAGAAUAGCUGUGAACUCUUAGCUGAGUUGGAACAUGAAGCGGGUGUAAAUACAAUCAGUCUGAAUCCUGUAGGCACAAUGCUUGUUUCAGGCAACAAGGAAGGGACUAUUAGUAUUUGGGAUCUCACCAACUUCACUAUAUUGCAUCAGGUUCCUUGCCACGUAGGCACCGUAAAUGAUGUAGCAUUCAGUCCUGACAGUCGUCAUGUUCUGAGUGCAGGAGAAGAUUGUUGUCUUAAAGUGAUUGAUGUUCAGACAGGGAUGCUGAUCUCCUCCUUGCCUUCAAAUCAGCAACAAAGAUGUUUUUGCUGGGAUGGAAACGCUGUACUUUCAGGCAGUCAGUCUGGUGAACUUUUAGUGUGGGAUUUGAUGGCAGCAAAAAUUACCAAGAAAAUUCCUGCACAUUCAGGUGCUGUCACAAGUAUGUGGAUGAAUGAGCAAUGCAGCAGUAUCAUAACAGGAGGAGAAGAUAAACAGAUUAUUUUUUGGAAACUGAAAUACUAAGUGCCUUUCUCUGGGAGAAAAAUACUUGAAACUUUAGCAUCCAGCCCUUUUUUCUAACAGGUUGACUUAUUGCAACUGUGUAUCCACAAAUGUAUGGAUGAGUAAUCAUUUUAAGUAACUCUGUCCUUGUAAAAAUGCUAAUAUUCAUUUAGAUAACCUAUUAGACUGUUUCCUUGCAAGAUCUUUCAUUGAUUUUUUUCCCCCAAAUCCUGUAUCAUGUUGCAGCACAGAAACUAUAUUUUUGAAUGUUUCCCAUCAUGGAAAGAAUGGUUUCAGCAGUAAUUUUACUUGGAAUUGACUAAAAUUUGUACAUUUUAAAGCUAUUUAUUGAGUUUUAGUUGCUGUUUGGCAUUGCAAUCUGGUAAUAUGCAUUUAUCAUAAGUUUGUGAACCUCAAUUAAUAUUAAUGCAUGUGAAUCUAAUCAAUUAUAUUGAGAUAGGACUAGUCAUGAUUUGGUAGGCUCAUGUCUUGUAAUUCUGAUCAUGAACUGAGGUUUGUUUCAUUUUUGAUGUGGAUCCAUUCACAUCAGUGCAGAUUGGCUAUUUGUGAAAAUGGAUCUUUAGACUGUAGCAUUUACAGUCAGAUGAAUUCUUAAGUUCUGUUCUGUUGAUAGAAAUAUGGUCAGCUGUUCACAGUCAAUGUUGUGCCUUGAUGCCUUUAGAGGCUAAAAUCAAAUUCUUGAAGACAUAAGAAUCUGUGAUAAUUACUGACAAAGAUUAAAUGCAUUGAAAAGUAAUUUCAUGUAGAGUAGAUGAAAAAAACUUUGCUAGUAGGUCUGAGAAAUUGUUGUGGAGGGUUGCUGAUGUAAAUGUGCCAUUUACAAGUAAUUGCGGCAAAAUCAAUUACAAAUGGUAUUAAAGUAAUUUGUUAACUGACAGUUAUGACAUUGGAAUGUUGUAAAUUUUGAAAUGUGUAGCUACAUGUAAAUACACUGGUUUAUCUGCUAAUAGAUUGUACAUUCAAAAUGACUUCGCUUUUACCUGGCUUUUAGAUUCUGUUCUGUACAAGGCACAAAUUUACUAAAAUUGGCUAUUUAAGAGCAGACAUCAAUAUAUGUUCCUCAACCUUUCUAAACUAUUUUGCACUAUAGUGAGAAGCCCUUGCAGAUUGCUAGAUUUAUGUCUGUAGUAGGAAUCUCUGUACUAGGACUUUUUUUGAUAGUCCCAACUUCUAAUUGUAAAAUCCCAGUUAAACUUCUGCAUCACUUAAUGCAAGGUAUCACAAAAAUAUAUUUUCAAUAUCAUUGGGGGAAAUGGACAUUUUCUUUAUUGCAAUAAUUUAGAUGUAUUAAUGGUAAAUAUUAGAUCCUAUUAAUCUGUGGAACCAUACCAGCAACUUUUUCCAAAUCUUGACCCAUUUGAAAUGGUGCAUUAAAAUUGAUUUUUAUGUAACCAGCACUUAUGAUUUAUUAGCACUGAAUUAUUUCUGUAUAGUCUUCCAGGAUUAAUUUAGAAAGAUAAUCUCAGGACAAGGUGGAAUGUGAAUAUAUAAUUAGGUAACUUUAUGUAAAUAUUUGACAACUAGAAAUGUAAAAUUUCUGCUUAUUUACUUCAACUUGGAGCUGGUAUUUUUGAAGAGUAAUUAUUUAUUCUGUUUAAGGUUGUUGUGGACACGCAUAAGUAUUUGUAAAAUGGAUUGGAAAUGGUGAAGUAUUCAUAAUGUAACGGUAUAUAGAGAAUGAUUGAAUUUCAACAUCGCUGUAUUUUUCACAUAUCACACAAUAAUUGUUAUGUUUUCAUUUUUAAGUAUAAACCAAAUGCCUCCAUUGGGAUGUGCACCAGCUGAAGCUUUAAGUAAAUAGAGGUGUGAGGA